AUAAUGAAGAUGUUGGUAGCACACCUGAUUUGUACGUUACUAGUGGUCAAGCCGAGUCUACAAUUAUUUGAAACAAAAGCAGAUGUCUUGUUUAUUCUGGACAUGUCAGGUAGUGUUGGAAGUGCUAAUUUCACAAUUAUGAAAAACACCGCAGCAAAUAUAGCAGGUCAAUUCAAGAUCGGUAAGACAGACACACAGGUCGGCGUAGAUGUAUUUUCAACAAAUGUUAAAACAGAAAUAAAGUUGAGAAGUUUGAAUUUGAUAGAACUUCUUCGACAAUUUAUCAAACAGAUUCCGUAUGUAGGUGGUGGGACAAAAACCUAUGAUGCACUAGAUCAUGCCAGAACGAGCAGUUUUACAAAACAGAAUGGAGAUAGACCAGGAAUCCAAAACUUCGCCAUUGUUAUGACUGAUGGCGGGUCUGACGACACACGACGCACUUGUGCCGCAGCAAAAAAAUUACGUGAAGAAGGUGAAGGUGUUAUAAUCUUUUCUAUUCCUAUUGGAGAUAACAUUGACCAAAGAGAGAUCGAGUGCAUAGAAGAUAAUGAAACAGUUCGUUUCCCUGCUCCAAGUUUUAAUGCAUUGAAAUCACCGUCGUUCAGGGAAAGAAUUGCAAAAAUGAUUUUGACAGUUUCUAGCCCAGGCCAAGGAUGAAAGAAAAGGGGUGGUACCACAAUCACUGUAUGAAGAG